AUGGUGGUGGAGCAGAGAGUGCAGCUGACUGUCACCCAGAAUGAGCUACUGAACACCCAAACACUGCUGUACACAAUGGAGGAUGAGAAUGAUGCUCUACACACAGAGAUGGCCGUGCUGAAGACCAGACUGGCUGCAAUGAAGACCAGACUGGCAUCCACUGAGACUGAAGUAGUGAAUCUGAAGAAAGAGAUCACAGAUCAACCCAAGGUGGCGUUCUCAGUAGGUCUGGGUAUUUCAGGAUACAUAGCGUCUGGGAGUACUGAGCAGAACUUGGUCUUCACUAAAAUCUUCAGCAAUGUAGGACAGGCCUACAGCAGCGUGACAGGCUUCUUCACAGCUCCAGUCAAGGGAGUCUACUACUUCAGAUUCAAUGUCAUGGAUAACUCACCCUCAAGAUAUAUGCACAUCAUUAUGUAUAAGAAUGGAGAGCGGCUCAUGUUGAUAGGAGAGGGUCCACAGGGAUACCCAAACUAUGUGUCCAGUGGUAUGACUCUGCAGCUGGAGGUGGGAGAUGUAGUUAACCUGCGACUCUAUCCAAACAACACGCUCUAUGAUAAUUCUGAAAAUCACAACAUUUUCAGUGGCUUCCUGCUCUUUACUCUCUGAAUGGAACACAGUGUUCAACAUAAUGCUGAUGCUGACAAGUCAUA